AUUACGAGCCAAAGGUCAAAGAAGAGGUCUUAUACAAAAGCAUAUUGCAUGUCAACCUAAUGAUUCCCUGUUCUGUCGCAACAAAUGCUCUUCGCUGAGCCUAAAUAUUGCUGAAGAUUAGAGCAUUAGCAUUCCUCAAAGCCAUCAUCACCGAUUCGUCGACUUCGUGCCCAAGAAGAGGCUAAAGAGAUAUUGACAAAAGAUAACCAAACGCCAACGCUGGAAUAAUAGGAACCGAAAGCCUGAGGUGAAAGAAAACGUGGAUCCUUGACGAAUCGUAAGGACUAAAUAAUCGUUCAUUUUGCGAGUAGAAAGAAUAGGUGCCAAUGAGUCGACGGGGAGAAUCAGAAGAAAUAUAAUUUAUUGUUAAGUUCAAAACUAGAACAACUGUGUAACUGACUUUGAAAUGCAAUAACAGUUUUUCAAUCCAGUGAAACAAGAAGUUCCACAAAUGCAGUGGAAGUUAAACCGUCAAUGAUAUUUAUUUAUUACAUUCAAACCAUCAUCGCAAUAUAUCAAUCACCUCGACCGUCAUCACGCUUAUAACGCAAGAGCUUAGUUUAUUGUACUUGUUUAAAGAAGUUGUUAGACUUUUAACCGGUGGCAUCCAAGACGAAUCUAACUCCAGGUUCAUUGAAGAAUCAUCACAAAAUAUUGCAACAUACCAAUCUCUGUUUGCUACCGUUCCUGAUCAGGCAACAAUUUCACAGUUUAAAGACCCUAAAAGCCUCCGAAAUUAAACUAAAUUAAGUUCAAAGAAAGAUUAUUCCCAGACAGAGCGGACGUCAAGUGUCAGUCAAAGCUGACUACAGGGGUUUAAAAAGAUUUUUGGUGCCUAGGCUACGUCGUAUAGCUUCAAUAUAGUGAUACUAGAAACAUUCUUGGAAACAUUUUGAUUCUUGGAGACAUCAGGUGUCGCUAUUAUUCCAGCUUUGAGAUUAAAAAGAAGAGUACUCAGGUCCCGAGAGAACUGCCUUUCCGAGAAUCAUGUCUGCGUCAACGCCGUUCGUUAGUUUGGAAGGCCAGAAUGACAUGUGGGAAGAUAAUAAUUCCGAUGAGUUUUUAAACCCCGACGUACAACCCGAACGAAUUCGAUACAGAAAGCCACCAUUUUUUACCGGGACACAUAUUGUCGUUGGUGUAGUAUUUGGAGUGUUGUUGACGGUGAUUAUUGCUUUAAGCGUCCUCUUAGCUCAAAAAACUCAAAAAGAAAGCAUGGGAACUAGGGAGAAGCUGUGCCUCACCACUGAUUGCGUCAUAGCAAACUAUGAGCUGAUGUCCUCCAUGAAUUUCUCCGCGAACCCUUGUGAGGACUUCUACAACUACGCGUGCGGGGGUUGGGAACGAGACAACGAAAUACCAGACACAGAAUCCAUGUGGGGCCAGUUCGACAUUCUGAAUUUGGCGAACGAUAACGUUUUAAAGAAACUUGUCAAUAAUCCGAAAACCAAGGCGGCAUAUAAAAAUAACGCUGCGGUAAAAAAGGCGCUUCGUUACUACGAGACAUGUAUGAACAGGGAAAAAAUCAACAGCCAAGGCGCCCAACCUCUUCACGACCUGAUCAAGGCUUACUACUCGUGGAACGUGACGGGAAAUGGAACAUGGAAUGCAGCAUCGUGGGAUUUCACCAAAACGAUGGUCGAUAUGCAGAGGAACAUCUCCAUAAGCCCGUUUUUCAUUAUGUUUACAGGCGCUGAUUACUAUAAUUCGACUGUUAAUGUGAUUAAGGUUGAUCAAGAUGGAUUGGGCAUGACUAGAGAUAUCUAUCUAAGCAACCAAACAGAUCAAGAGAAGAUACAAAAGGCAUACCAGACGUUGAUGAUCAAAACAGUUGCACUCUUGGGCGCUGAAGGGGAAGACGCAAAAAGACAGAUGAUGGACGUUUACGACUUGGAAAAGCAAAUUGCAGAGACAACCAUUCCAAUCGUAGAAAAACGCAACAUUGAUCAACACUACAAAAAGAUGACCAUUCGGGAACUGAUCAAUUACACAGGGGACCAAAUUGGUUGGUUGAGUUUUUUUAAGAACAUAUUUGACGGACUAGGAUAUAAAAUGACAAAUGACAGCAUAGUUGUCGUUUAUGCCUUGGACUAUCUCAAAAAUAUUUCGCUCCUGAUUAAGAACACAGAUAAGACUAUUGUAGCCAACUAUAUGAUGUGGCGGGUUGUCUCAGGUUACAUGUCCGAGCUAUCGGAAGACUUCAAGAAAAUCAUCUUGGAAUACAAGAAAGCCAAGAGCGGUACAGUAGAAGAAGAGCCACAAUGGAGACAAUGUCUGUCUUCCACAGCAGGAGCGUUUGGGAUGCCUCUCGGACUGUUGUAUAUCAAUGAGAAGUUUAGUGGAGGAAGUAAAGAAAAGAUAAUGCAGUUAAUUAGAGAAAUCCGUGAAAUUUUCAUCUCAAACUUGGACAGCGUUGAAUGGAUGGAUGACAAGACAAGGAAAAGUGCAACAGAAAAGGCUAAUGCAAUCUUGGAAAAUAUCGGCUAUCCUGAUUAUCUCAAAAACAACACUGCUUUGGAUAAGAAAUACGAUGGGCUCCAACCUACAGACGAUCAUUUCAAGAACGUUUUAAAGAAAAGUGCGUUCUUCAUGAAGCAGUACUACGAAAAUAUCAAGAAACCAGUGAAUAAGAAAGAAUGGAGUAUGGAUCCCCAAGUAGUAAACGCAUAUUACUCGUCCACAAAAAAUAAAAUAGUAUUUCCAGCUGGUAUUUUACAAUCUCCGUUUUAUAAUAAGGAUCGCCCAAGAGCGUUGAAUUAUGGCGGUAUUGGAGCUGUUGUUGGUCACGAGAUUACACAUGGUUUUGAUGACAACGGACGACGAUUCAACAAGAACGGUAACCUUGUAAAAUGGUGGAGCAAUCACUCUAUCGAAGCUUUCAAGAAUAAAACAAAAUGCCUUAUAGAUCAGUAUUCGUCGUAUAAAUUCUUCGGGGAGAACGUCCAAGGAGCCCAAACUGUUGGUGAGAAUAUUGCGGAUAACGGUGGAGUCAAACAGGCCUAUCAGGCGUAUCAGACGUUUAAGAAAAACUACGGAGAUGAAGGAAUACUUCCAGGACUUAACGCUACGAAUGAUCAACUAUUUUUCCUUGGAUUUGCACAGGUUUGGUGUGGUAAGUUCCGGAAACAAGCAGCUUUGAACCAGAUUAAGAAUGGGGUCCACACUCCUGGGAAGUACAGGGUUAUCGGUACGCUAUCAAACUCUGAAUAUUUUGCGAAAGCUUUCAACUGCCCGAGAGGAACCAGAAUGAAUCCAGAGAAUAAAUGUGGCGUUUGGUAAACUAACAUAAAAAUUGAUGAACACUUGUUUAACUGUUGUAUAGUAGGCAUAAUUAGGUGUUUAUACGUAAAAUCUUUUAUAAGAUAUCUUCAAAGCACGUCCGACUAUGAUCUUUUAACAGUCUUCGCAUAAAAAAGCAAUGCGAAUGUUUUUUUUUUGCUAACUUUGGGUCAAACUUCUGGCUCCGAGGGAUUACUAGUUUCAAACACUGUCAUCCAAGAUUGGCAGUUUGUGCUAACCACUUCAGUCUUCACAUCCAUGACCUUCACAUUACAUUGUGCCAUUAUCUUUGUUUAUUAAAGAAAAAUUGGGUUUAAAAAGCACUCCUGUCAAUAUUGACCAACGCUUGACACAUCAAUCUUAUGUCCAAUGUCCAUAACGCGACUACACAAAUUUGAUGUUUGAUCUAGGCUAGGACUAUAUGCACCUUAUCAAAAACAAUGUUGGUUUUCCCAUUCGAAAACUUAGUUAAGAAAACUUUGACAAUGCAUGUAAAUGUCAAUAACACUUUUAAUUCAUUAAAGUCAACCAUUUAUUGGAGGCAACUUGAGGCAACAUAAGGCAUGUAAAUCAGAAUGAGUUGAUGUCUUUUGGGGAGUGCGUUCAUACACAAACUUGCAUGCACGUUAGUUAAAUUACUGUUUAAAUGAUUUUCCUCUUUUAGAAGAUUUUAUAACUGAUGUUAAAUAUGAUUUUUGAACGAAAUAUACCUGUUCAAUUAUAAGUAUAAAUUUGAAAUAUAAGUAGAAAUAGCUAAAGUGUGUUGUACAGUAAUUUUAAAUAAGUCAAUUUAUUGUAAUUA